ACACAAAAGGGCAGUCACGUAAAAGAACACAACGAAGGCGUGAAAAGCCAAAUUAAAGGUAUCAAGGAAGACAUAAACAAGCUCGGCAAAGAUGGUUUUAAUGUCGAGGUCAACUUGGAUGAACUCGAGCAGUACGCGCGAAGAGACUGUCUCGAAAUAACCGGUAUUCCGAUCGUACCUAAUGACAGCCCUGCUUUGCUGGUGAAGGAAAUGUCUGAGAUUAUGGGAGUGAACCUCAACGAAAACGAUAUAUCGAUCGCUCAUUGUUCACCACCAACGAAGAAAGUGAAAGACCGACUAAUUGUCAAGUUCACUCGUAGAGAGAAAAGAGCCGAAAUUUACAGCAAGAGGAAAAACUUAAAAUCUAAGCGGACGAAAGAUCUCCCGUCUAUGGUCUGCGAGCCGGAAUCUGCGGUUGUAAGUCAUACAGCACAAAUUCAUGUCAGUGAAAGCUUAACGCCAUACAGAAAAUAGCCUGCGUAGUAUGGCGGUUUUGUCGAGCCGGGCGCAGGAGCGGCGUAGCCACGAAAAAUUCGCGCGCGAAGCGCGCGAGAACGAGCGGCGAAGCCGCGAGAAAAAAAUAAAACCGCCUGUUCGGAUUCGUGGCCUUUUCAACUGCCGCCCCCUUCAACUCAUUUUGACAUCCUGUUGACAACUUGUUUGGUUUCAGUUUUCCCAGCCAAUCAGAAAUAAAGUGUUGACAGCCUAAACACGACACAAAAGCUCGUGAUUUUGUGUAAAACGUGACCUUGGCCGGAAUUGGAGUUUGCUUGAACAAACACAGGUUUUUUUUUUGUGGCUAUCUCGCGCAUAGGUGACUACACUGCGCUCUAAACUUGACUGAGUAGAUCUUAUUUUUGCUGCACUAAGUCUUACAUUUAUUUAUAGGUCAUGAAGUUGGUUUGUUUAAUCCGUAUUGAGUAAUUAUUUCCUGUGGUUAUUGUUAGUGUUGCUAAUUAGAAUUUGUUGAUCUCAGAUGCAGUUGUAAAGUACUAAUUUCUUUGACCACUCUUAAACCCUAAAGCUUUUUAUUACGGCUAAAUAAAUAUUUUAGUUUCUUUGGUCUUUUCCGACUAAAAUGCCUGGAUCUGGACAACUACAAACCAAGGAGCCUCGGUUUGUAGUUUCUUUGUCCGUGAAUGUUUUGACGCUGGGCCCGGCUUUUUAAGUGUUGUUUGCAGGAUGUUGUAUUUUUACGUAUGGCGCGAUCUUCAGAUUUGAGUUGUAGCUUAAACUUAAGCUACACCAAGCAAAAAAGUAUGGAGAAGUAUGGAGUUCCACAGACUGCAAUAUGCGAUUCAUCGACCACAAUCGCGGACAACGUGCGUAGUAUUGCGCUGGAGUGCGUUAUUGUCUAACACCGUGUAAUAGAGAAAAUUGAGGUGAACUUUCUCGAAGCAAUGAAUUUUACUGUUUCUGUCAUAAGGUCCAUUGCUGUACAGCUCAGCGACAACAUUUCAGAUAUCUGGUCGUCGAUAGUACUUUUUAGAGGGGAAAUUGUGAUCAUACAGGUUUUCGAUGAGGAUAUUUCUUCUUUGGCCAUAGCAAAGACAGUAAAGAUCAUGCUCUUGCCAAAUCUUGUUGACAAAAUUUCCAUGACAUCUCUCCUUUGAAGAAGACUGUAAAUGGCUAUUUCCUGUUUAGGCUUCAAUACAAUUGACCUGUUUUCCCGUCAAAUAUUCAAGAUCGACGACGCUCCGGUCAACGCUUCUUUGAUAUUUUGAUUUUGUUUUGCGGAGAUGAUUUGUUCAGUCCCUCGAAACUCUCCCAUGGGAGAUUACCAAAAUAUUUGAUUGGCAAGCGAACAUUCCGAACCAAUCGGAACGAUCCGUACGCUGGCGUACGGACCGACUCAAAAAAGCCCCCCGUCCGUGCAGGCGGUUUUUCAAGUUGCUCCCGCUCCAAUCUCCUCGCGCUUUCUCUGCCCUCGCCCGCCUUUAUUACUUAGUUCGCCCAACCAAAGCCGCCAUGCUACGCAGGCUAUACAGAAAACGACUACUGGGCAGAAUCUUACAAUUCAAGCGCGACCACAACUACAAGUUUAUUUGGACGGCUAACGGUAAAAUAAUGCUGAAGAAAACGGAGAGCUCCACUACGAAAUGUUUCGUAACCCAUGGGGAAUUCGAAGAGUUUCUUGACGAGCUCAAUUAA